UUUGGAAGUUGAAUUAUGAAGUACACACUGCAUCAAACAUCCUUUCAUCAAGACUGCAAAGAUUAAAUUUCGCAAGGCUGGCCUGUGAAAAUGCCUUUCACUUUUUCCACUCAAUUGCACAAUUUUCUUCUGUGACCAAGUGCUAAUUUAUACGGACUCACUGUAAUUAUACAGUGAUUAGUACCUUUAUUAUUGUGUGCGGUCAUACAUAAUGCAGGAGAGAAACACUUUUCAAAACUGAGCUACUCUAAGCUAAUAAGUGAUCAGAGGUCAGAUUUUUUUAGCAGUAGUUCUGCAGUGUUCUGCCUUUCCCUGUUGGUAUGAUCAGCACAAAUACCUCCCUUCAAGAAGGAGUAGCAUCCAGGGAUCAGGCAGUCCCUGGAUUGGCCAUCCCUGAAUCACCAGUCAAAAGAUUGGUUGGUAAAGCAGAAUGGGGAAGAAAUAUGAUGAGUCUUCCUUUUGAGGGCGCUUUCUUCCCCUGCAUUUCAGCACUAGCAGCUUUGCUUUCUUCCCACCCUCAAGGCAAAAUAGUUUACCUUUUAAGAGCAUUCCUCCCCAGACUGGAUAAAAAUGUACAUAAGUGUGGAUGUGAAAACACAUUUCUGGCAUGGAUUUCUAUGAUAUUCUUUAACUUAGUUUUCUGUCUCUAUGGCAAAUCACUUGUAGUGAAUCAUGUCGCCUCUUUGUAGGAUGUUUUUCUUUACAAGUAAAUCAUUAAAGAUGGUGGUAGCUGGAAUAGUUCCUGCUGUUUUCAUCAAGUGCCCUCUGGAACGUCCGAAGUGUUGCAGCCCAGUCCACCAGAACAUUUAAAACUAUGGGAACUUUAAGCUUUUGAGCAGUCCUGAAGCAGUCAGAAGCAUGACUCUUAUUUAUUUUUAAGCGCUUGCUUAACUGUUUUGUUAGGUCUGUUGCAAGUUUUCCUCCCUCUGAAAGAUUGAGCAAUCUUCUAAGUUAAUGCAGCAUAUUGUUGUUAUUGAUCUGUCAGCACAGGCAACUAUUAGAGCAUGUCCAGGAUACAGGUGCACACAAUUCAAAGAGUCUAGUCCUGUUUAUGUUCAUUGAAGCAACAUUUCUGGUAUGCCAAGGAGAGUGUAGAUGUCAGUUUGGUUCUGUUUCUAUUAAAUCACAUUUGUUUUAUAGGUUAUUUAACAGUAAAAUAAAUUGAAGUUUCCAAAUAUCAGCAUAUAUAUUAACGCUAAAGUAACUGAACGUUAUUAACAUUAAAAAAAAAAACCCACAAAACUCUAAAUAGCAGAGGAAAUUUAGAAACAUCAAAACAGUUCACAGUACAGCCUUGCACUUAGGUCAUGAAGGGUGGGGAGACAGCAGUGUCGAUCCAAAAAUAAAAACAAAAUUAACAAGUUACCUGCAUGAAUUUGGAUGCUUAGCUGAAAAGAUGAAGGCUAAUGAAUGCUCUGGAAGUUGGGGCGGGUGCUGAAGCUGUGGGCUGAAAUGGCUGCUGUGAGGGAAAGGCCAAGAAAAAGGCAGCUAGUAGUAAAAGUAAUAGCAGUAGGAAAGAGUCAAUAAAGUGGAUGUCGGGACUCAUGGUUCUGACUACAAAGCGUUCAAGCACGCCAGCAACGUGGCCUGAGAAAUCCGGUUUGCUUGGGGGAUUUCGCUUUAUCAAACAGGCUUAUUUAGAUACCGGGAUCAGCAGGGUGAAAUGGUGUGGAUAGUUGUAGUUGGCACAAAAAACAGCCUGUGAAUGGUGACAGGUAGCAAAUACUUGUGUGCGCGGUGGGGGAUAUUAAGCCUGCUGCUUGCUAGCUACAGCUGUAUGGGCUGGUGUGAAGUCUUAUAACACCUGGACUAAACAGAGUUGACAUGUCCUGAAUCCUCCUAUUAGAGGCAUGAGACAGGCCACCUACUAGUAGUCUGAUUACGUUUUGUGCUUCUACAUAUAGACUAUUACAUUGGGCAAACUGGGGCUUGGAGCUCAGAAAGAAGGUGAACGUCCUGACUAGAGGAAAGAUUCUGGAAAUAGGGAAGGAUCCUAGAGAUGGGAGAGAUAUAUGGAUGCAAAUGCUGGCUGGUAAAGCCUGAGGCUGGUAGCUGUGGGCAUCUGCACAGCAGGGAACUGGCAGGCCUUUCUGGGCCAGCAGAGACGGGAAGCUGACACCUAGAGAACAUAGCGCUGGCCAGGGGAAGCAUGUAAGUUUGUACGAUAGAGCUAUGACCCUGCUUGACUAAUCUUGUGAUUUGUUUGUUUGUUUAUUUGUUUAAAAUCCUGUAUCCAGAUCUAUUACAGCUUGUUAUCUACUCUAGCUUGCCUGUGACAACAGUGUAGGGGAAAUGCACAUGUAACUUCGGUUAUGGAUCUCUUCUUGGACUGGGGACAAGACCCCUGGAUGACAUCUGUAUUGAUGAAGGAAAAAGCGUUACUUGUGCUGUGCCUCUAACUUCCCAUUUUAUUACAUCCCUUUCUAAUCUUGGAGAGGCAGUGGUUGCAAUUCCACGUUCAGAGAAAUUCCUGUUCUGCAACUGUGGCUAGCACAGGACAAAUAUAUUUAGGACCAAAGAAUCCAGAGUGUGCUCAACAGGGUGAAAAGCUUUCUUGGAAAGUAGUGACUUGGAAGGACCUAAGGAUCCUUCUAGAUGACUACCUCAAUUGUUGGGAAAAAGAGCUACUGUUGUGCUUUGAUAUAUGACAAGAGGCGUAGCGGAUAAAGAACAGGGAUGACAGUGCAGCUAUGAACUCUGCUGUUCUACCUAGCACUAUCACCACUUGUAGCAGUAUUGAUAUCCUGCCCUUUCUUUGACUUUUACAUGAACAAGUCAUUGAACUUUGAAAGAAGUAGAAACAAAGGCUGUAUUCUUCCUGGCAUCUGUAGAGCAAGUUUCUGCUGUCAAAUUUGGCGUAGCCAUUUCAAGAGGCUCUGCUCCCCAUUGCUCUGUCAAAGGCCUCCCAUUUCCUGCAUCUAGUUACUGAAAAGGAAAUGUUCUACCAUUUGAUUUGGAUGCUUGUUCUGCUCUGCAGGAGCUCUGCAGCAGAUGAAAACUCUGUCAGAGAUGUUGAAAUUUUUCCUUCAUCUCCUGAAAUUGAAAGAGGAUCCACCCUGAAACUAUUUUGUGUUCUUGGAAAACACUACAUGCCUCACAGAAAUGCAAGCCACAUCAUCUGGAAAUUGAAUCAUGAACUGAUCACUCAGGAAAACUAUAACAUUGUCAACGAGACUGUAUCUAGUGUAACCAUCCAUAAUUUCACUUACAGCAAAGCACAUGUGAAAUGUUUCAUUAAGUAUCUAGGCAAAGAACAACUUUUGGUUCACACUGAAGUUAAAUCUGGCUUUCCACCGGACGCACCAGGAAAUAUUUCCUGCGUUUAUUACUUUGAUGCUGAACUUGCUUGUAGUUGGACUUCAGGAAGACAAACGAAUCUUACAACAAGCUAUACUCUUUAUAGAAAAAUGAUGAGAAAACGAGGUGUGACUAUUCUAAAUACAGUUGGUUCCAGCUGCCAAAGCAAAACUGAGUCAUGUUCAUUUUAUUACCCAAAUACUCCAUAUAGCAGUUCUUUUUGUUUUCAGGUGAAAGCUGAAAAUGUUUUGGGUGAAGCCUCAUCAGACUGUGUUCCUAUAGCUAUGGAAAAAAUAGAGAAAUUUGAACCUCCUGAAAUACUUUCAGUACAAAAAAUUGCUGGCAUAAAGCAGUUGCUUACAGUAACCUGGAAAAAACCUGAGAAGAUUAUACCUUCGCAAGACUUAAACUGCCGAGUUCGAUACAGAAACUUGUAUUCAAACUUUUCGGAAACUGUAACUGUCAACCUGACUUCUGGAGAGAAAAUAGCAUCACUUAAUCUCACAGGUCUGUGGGAUUCCACAGAGUAUGCAGUUGCUAUUCAGUGUAUCAGUGUUGAAUCAAAAUUUUGGAGUGACUGGAGUAGAGAGAGAAUGGCAAGCACGGAAGAGAAAGCUCCCUCAGAAAAAGUGGAUUUAUGGAGGGUAAUUGAAUCUUCACAUUCAGCUGGACAUAGAUCUGUACAUCUUAUGUGGAAGCUAUUAAAUCACUUUCCAUCACCUGGGAGAAUUCUAGGCUACAGAAUACUGUAUUUUCCAGAAAACAGUGCUGCUCUUAAAAUGAUGAACAUCACUACUGAUGAGAAAAUUAUUUUACUUUUAAAUGAAGAGGCGUAUAUAAUAUCUGUUACUGCCUAUAACUCUGCUGGAGAUUCUCCUGAAGCUAUUUUGAGGAUUCCAUCUACUGAUGAAAAAACUUCUCAGAUCAUUGAAACAGUGAGGACCUUUACAGCAAAUGAAGAAGUGGCUGUGGAGUGGAUGUCCUCCAGAUCAGAAGUAACCAGAUACGUUGUUGAGUGGUAUGAGGAACUGGAGCCAGAUCCUUUUCGUAGAUCAUGGCAAUAUAUAUCAAAUUCUACAAACUGGAGAACUAACAAAAAAACCUUUAGACCAUUUAUAUGCUAUAACAUCUCAGUGUAUCCUCUCUAUGGAAAUAAAGUAGGAGCUCCCUAUUCCAUACAAACUUACAUUCAAGAAAAAAAACCAUCAGAAGGACCUAUGGCUGACACAGGCGUUCCAGGCAAAAAUGAAAUUACAAUUAAAUGGAAAGAAAUUUCAAAGGAUAAACGAAAUGGCUUUAUCAGUAACUAUACGAUAUUUUAUAAACCUGAGGGUGGAAAAGAAUUGAAUGAAACAGUGAACCCUGACGUUCUGCAGUACAGACUGAAGUCCUUACAAGCAAAUACCCAAUAUACAGUUCAUAUCAUGGCAACCAAUGAAGCUGGUGGAACCAGUGGAGAACCAAAAACCUUCAAGACUUUGAAAUUCAAUAAAGAAGAUAUUAUUUCCAUUGCUAUACCAGUUGGAUUAAGUAUGUUGUUUCUAUUAGUCCUUUGGAUAACAUGUAUUCUUAAAAAGCACAUGUUUAAAAAAGUGUGCUGGCCUGACAUACCUAAUCCUGCAGAGAGCAUUGCAGUAGAGUGGCCUGUUGAUGCAUCUGUGAAUAACUCAUUCUUGAGGGGAGUAACAUCUGAGGAUAAAACCAUAGGCGGCUUGGAAGACGUAUGUGUUUUGGAACCCUGUUUUCCUGAAGAACAUGAAGAUUCACUACUAAUGAAUCAUGAAAACCGUAUUUCAGAAUAUACUGAUAUUAAUACAAAAGUCAUGAUUAACAGAGAUAAAAAUAUACCAUAUAAUGAAGAACACGAAGCUGCCAAGCAUCUUUCAGCAUCUAUGCCUUAUACAAUGACUGACCAAGAUUUCAGAAGUCAGGUGCUUUCAGCUUUGAUACCAGCUGAGAAGAUCCAACCCAUAGAAAUGCUGGAAGAUUAUUUACAUGAACACCAGGAUGUUUCGAACCAAAAUGAAGAAAAUAAGGAAGAAGUUUUAAAUCUCUCAGAUCUCAGUGAAAAAGCUGUGUUCAAUCCAUACCUUAAAAAUUCUGUUAAUACAAGGGAAUUUCUCAUUUCUGAGAACUUGGCAGAACACAGUAAGAGUGAACCCAAAAGCCAGUCAACUGCCGUAUCUCCUUUUCAACAAAAUGUUGUAGGACAGUCCUAUGUAACACUGGACAUGUUUGGUCUGGCCACAGCUCAUUAGCAUGAGAAACCUUUCCAUGCAAAGUCCCUUUGUGAGAUUUAUCCUGGCAGUGUUGCAGUGAACAUACACAUUCAUGUGUUCAAACUUGGACGGUCUUAGCUACUCUAGAUGAAAUUACCCCACUCUUUGAAAGGCUGUGAAGUAAUUAAUACACUGCAUUUAUACCUGUCAAGGUUCAUUUAGCUGUUGUUUCUCUUACCUGUUGGACGUAUGAGAAGUGAGGCAAAGGAUUUAGCUUUUUUAUUUCUUAGUUCUCCCAUAUCAGUUUAUUGAAACAAGCUGAUCUUUACUGUGAGAACAUCCAGCAGUGCAAGUGGCUCACUGAUUUCCCUCUGGGCAACCAGUAGCUGAGGGCUGUUGUGGCACAUUGGGGCACAAUGUGAUUACCUGAACAGAGCCGCCAGGAUCUGCCAAAUAAUUCCUUGUAGUUAAAUGAAGUAGAACUACUUUCCUGUUCUUCUUUCCACCCAUUGUUUGAUUUUGGAUUUUGUUUGUAGUGUUCCUCCUAUUUGGCAAGUAAUUAGAUUUCAGUCGUCAUCUUGUUUGUAUCCUGACUCUUGAGUUAGCAGUUUGGCACAAGUUGUCUUUGUUGAAAAGAUAUUUUUUACGUGCAUGUUAUUGACUUAUCUGCAUUUCGAAAAACGUCGGCUUCUGUUGGCUUGUUUACUUCCUUCCCCUCGUCUCCUGUUUUUAAUCUUCUGCAUUUUGUGCUGAUUUUCAUGUCUCCUCUUUGUUUUCUAGUUAUAACAACAUGUUAACUGCAGGAUAUCUUAUCUUCUUGGUUUUUUGCCUCUAAUUUAUUGUAGCUUCAAAUUGUUUUUCCCAGUUGAGGUUUUGAUAUUUUGAACUGAAAAAAAUUCAGCUAAAUAUAGCAUCUUAUGUUGGGAUAAGAACUGAAUUUAUAUCUAGGGAAGUCUUUCUCCUUUAAGUAUUGAACACUAAAUCUACAAAAUAUCCCAAAAUGUGCUCUAAGUUAGAACUAGAGGUUUCUACAGGAAGGCUGUAAGGUCUGUCUGAUGAGUCAUAAAACUACUUGCAGUUUGUUUUAUGGAGGAAAUGAACAUGUUAAUUAAGCAGGAAACUCAAUCAGGUUUUUUUUUUUUUUUCAGCAGAAAAGAGGCUAUUUCUGUAAAAUUCUUACAAAAAUAUUUAUUAUAUUAAAUGACAGAUUAAAAAGAGAUGUAUUCAACUCUGAAUAAAAAAUAUUAAAAUGCUGUGUUAUCUACAGCCUCAGACUUGAACUGUGGUGCACACAAUGCAAUGUCAUGAAAGUGAUGUUUCAGCUGGUAGUCUCUGCAGUUGAAUGAUACUGAAUCAUUUGGUCUCAUCCUGUCAAAGAUUAGAAAUCUCACAAGGAAAAGAUAAUGAACCAACUUUGAAGCUCUAUCUCAAAGAAAUCUCUGAUUUUAACUCUGAAAUCUCCCUCAAUGAAUUUGAGAAGGGUUUUGUUAUAGCAGCCGUAGGGCUUCAUGUAUUAGAUUGUAAUGUUUUAAUUUUGCUCACCAAGACAUCAGAAUAUAAAAUACUGAAGAUGAAGCAGCACAAUGCUUGGCAAGCUGCUUAUAUAACAAGAAAGGCAGUUCUAAACCUCAGUAGUAACAUAUACAAAGUGAUGUUUUUAGUAACAGAUUUUAUGCUGUUUAGGAUUAUAAGAAGUAAUUUAUGAAACAAUUUGUUCAAUAGCUUUAGGCUUUGCCAACAGCUAUUCUGAAAUAUUUGAAUAAGAUACUCUGCCAAAUGUUACUUGGAAAUAACAAAUAGAACUUACAUAACACAAAUGACUUUGUGACUGCAUAAAACUUAAUAUUAAACAAGUAUUGAUUUGAAUUAGUGUUUUGAGUUGCUCCGCUGUUUUCAAGUUGACUGCAAAGAUAAUGGAAGGCUCAUUUUGCUGCUCUUGUGUUAGUUGCCAUGUUAAUACCAGGAAGCAGGAUGUAGCCUCAGCGUUGGUGAGUCUUGAGCCCUUAGGUCUAUGGGCUUAUUGUAAGUUCAAGUAGUUGUUGCCUCCCAGCAACAUAAAAAUAGAAUAUACAGUGGUUGAACUCACUUCUUGUGGUGUGUUUGUCUUAUCGUUAUUCAUAAUUUACCAGAAAAUGUUCUACUCCAUUGCCUUAAAGAUAGGGCAUACCGAAAGCAUUUUUAUCCCAUAUACAAAGGAUCAUGUUUUGUAAAUGAAGCUAACAAAAAAAUGAAGUAUUCUUUUUGUAGUGCAAAGCUGUUCUUAGUCAUAAUGUUUAUUAGGCCUGUUUAUUACCAAAAUGUUAAUUCUGCACUCUUUUCAAAUAUUCAAUCUUUGCAGUUUUGCUACUUGACAAAAAUUUUUCUUUCCAGAUUUGACAAAAGUGUAACUGUUCUAAUUAACUUUUGUUCCAUCUAAGUAAUUUGACUGAUCUCUUCCUGGGCUUCCUUGUGCUUGGUUUGCUCACUCUUUGUGAGUGAAGCCACUCCAUGCUACCUCACUAUAUAAUCCAAACUGUUGUAUUAUCUGGUUCUUUUGAAUUCAGAAUAUGAAAAUGAACAGCGACAAUCCAAAAGUUGGAACAGAUGUUUGAGUAAAAUGUUCUUUUGUGAAAUGGGAGUUUUUAAUAGUAAAAUAUCAAAACAUUAAAAUAGAUGUGUAUAUGGUGUAGAUUUGUUCUCCAAACUCUGUUGAAAACAGGAUACUUGCAAAGUCAAUACAGAGUAGGUAUUUCAUGCUGUAGUAUGCUCUCCUUUCUUCAGUUCUUAAAGACACCUGCUUUUAUAAACUGCUGUCCACUAAAAGGAAGGGGAAUAGUUUAAAUCCAGUCAUUAAAGUAACUUCGUUUCAGUUUCUCUGCGAUACUAGUACUUCAGGGCUCAGGGACGCAGUCUAGAUGCUAUAGCUUAAUAAUGUCUGCUUCUCUGGUCCUUAGUGCAGCAGCAGCAGGUUAUUCAGGGGAGCUUUGCCAGUGGUAAAGGAGGGCGGAGGGUUACGUUCCCCUCUCAUUUGCUGUGGGCUGUGGAUGUUGGGAAAGUUGAUGUAGUUCAGCUGAUGCAUGGUAAUUUAAGUUCCUGUAACUUGAUAGUUCAGCUAAGCCUGGAGCGAGCUUGUGUUCUCCCAGUGCAAGCAGUAGUAUGGUGGUUUAUAUUUCCAAAGUGUUUUAACAUUGACAAGUCGUAUAGAAUAAUAAGGUCAACACGUUCAAGUUUGAAUGUCUACGAUCAGCGUUUUUCUCAGCCCCUUAUGUUGUUUUGCUCUUCAGGCGUUGCUUAGUCUGAAACUGAGUUUUUAGUGCUUUAUCGUCACUAGAUGCUGACUGAGCCAACUUUUAUGCUUAUCUAUAUUUUAGUGUCCGGCUCUAGACAGCUGAAGUUUUGAAAUGACUACUUAUUUCUCAGAAAAGCAGCCUUAUUUAGAUUUUCUGGGUCUGUCAUUACAAUACUCCGAGUGUAGAGCUGUCCUAUCCAAAGGUAAGAUAUACAGAAAUUCACCGUUAUAUGAGACAUUGCUAAUAGAGUUUGCAGAAGUAACACAUUUUGUAAUCAUGGAAAGAUUAUGAAAUGGUGUUCAGGAAUGUAAGAGUCUAUGUGAAUAAGAUUAAAAUCUAGGUAAAUGCUCUGGGAUGCCCACUUAGAACCUAACUGAGCUAAAAACAAUACCUUAUCCUGAAAGGAGACCUUGAAAGGUUUUCUGAAAUGAAGCGAAACGUUAGCAAUUUAUAUCACAACAUAAGAGAAAUGCAAGAAGUAUCUUCUUACCCUUAAUUCUAACAAAUGAACACAGCACAUUUCUGGAAUCACUUUUCAUGGUAGAUGUUUACAGAGUUGGGAUAUGGGCCUAGGCUGUGUUUCUGUUACUCUCUGUAGUUCAAGCAGUUAGCUGAUUUUUGGAGCCUGGAGGGGUUUUAGUUUUUGUUUCCUUUCCUUGUUUGUUUGUUUCCUUUUUGGAGAAGAAACUGAUGCUAGAGUCAGUAGUUUCUGAGACGCCAACUUUUUUGAUUUAAAACAAAAAACCUGUUCCUUUGAACAUAGAAAAGAACAGCAUAGCAGAGGACAGCCCCUUUGCUUUUAAAGUUUUUUUUCCUAACUAGCGUACUGCCCAGAAACUCUUACAUCCAGCUGCCUUCAUGGCUUGCUGCCUUUGCUGUCUGCUUCUUUCUCCCAUGAAAGCAUUUGCUUUCAUCUCCAGUGAAUUUUCUGCGCUUACAUAGCUUGGAUCACCAAUAGGCCCUGAGUUUGGCUUAUCUUUUGGGAAUGCAUCUAUUUCUGCUUUUGCUUUUUUUCUUGAAAGGGCUCAGUUGCUUCUCACAAGUCGCCUGACAAAAGAGCAUCUGCUAUUUAUGAGCUUCAAAAAGAUUGCACUUGUCCCCACGAUACUGCUGUGUGUGAGUGGUGAGAGACAGGAAGUAAGAGUGAAUCAUUUCUGGUGAAUGUGGACCCGUGAGUUUAGAUUUUGCUAAUUUUCACCUCUCUUCCUGUACACAGUGCAAGUUCUCUCUCUGGAAGGUAGUGUUUUAAUCAAAGUAGAGGAUAAUCCUGAAUAUAAGCUGAACGGAUGCUAAUUGUUCUAGUAUACUGUGAUGGGGAGACGCUUCAUCUUGAAUAGAGGGUGACCUUUCUCCCUCUGCCAUCCUUCAACCUCCCCUUGCACGUUCCCAUCUCCCUAGCCCUGGGCUUCCAGCCAUGCCUCCCUGCAGGGCUCUGUCCCUGCCUUGAUAGUGUAGCAUCUGCUUUCCCUGGUGCUGUGAAGCGAGCACAGAAGCCUUUGUUCUGCAUCAGGCAUGGUUACUGCCAAGCAGUUGUUCUAUCACAUCCUUUAUCCAGAGGGGGCAGCAAAUUCCAAGCAUGAAUAUAAAGUAAAAUUCAAAUUUAUAAUGAAGUGCAUUUUUAGGUUUAGGGUAGAUUUCCUGAAAUAACUACUUCGUUACUUAUUCUGAUGAAGAGCUUUUUUCCUGAUUUUAAUAGUAUAGUUGCUGUAGGUAGUGACUAUAACUUACAAAAACAGCAGCUUCACCUGUCUCUUCAUGUCAGCCAGUUUUUCCAGUAAGCCUCUCUAUGCAGUCCUUCCACACUGCACAGAAAAUUUGCCCAUCCUUUGCUAAGCAGUAUAUUAAAUCAUCGUUGCUGCAUUGAUAAAGUUGCCACUGUAGAUUGCAAUACUAUAGCGUCUCAGAAUUGCAUCCUGCCACUGCAUGUUGCAAUACCUCAGCAUCUCAGUACCGCAUCCUGCCGCUAUCCUGUGCCUGGCUGGUCACGUUCCCGUGGCACUUCUUGCCUGCACUGGAAUGCACCUGGCAGCAAAAGCUGGAAAAUGUUUGCUCUGAAUGAUUCGAGCUGCUCUGGGAACGCUGUCAUGGUACUUGCUAGGAGUGCUCUGCCGCCUCUGAGUGCUGUUGAUCAGUUAUAAUUUUCUCAUGCCAUCUAUUUCUGACUGUCUCGAUGCAGAACUACCAAAGAAGUUAUUGUGAUGUUAUCUAAGGUUUGGAUUUUCACUAGUAGAUCCACUAGUCUGUAGACAUGGCCCAGGUUCCUGUUCUUAGUUUAAGUUAAAAGUGAGGUAGCUCACUUCUCACUGAAGGUGGGCUGGCUAUGUCACAUCCCAUGUGGGCAAAAAGCAUGUAGAUAAGUGCAGCUAAUGGGGAAUCCUUCAUGUGCCACAGCUUCUCUCCUGGUAACUGGGUUUUGUUGCCAUGUCCUCAGAUAAAUUCUUGGAUGGGUUUUCUCUAAUUUGUGUAUGUUCUGCUCCCGUUCCUGAGGUUUAGUCUUGUGGUGAUUGAGAUACAGACACAGAUGCAUGAGCACAUGUGUGUGCAUA